GCAGAAAUUGCAAGAGGUCGUCUGCAUUGUUGCUCUAGCACGAAGUGGUGUCCACCCCGAAAAUGUCUCAUCCUUACAGCCACAUCUCAGGAUCAUGGGUGAAGGUCACCUCCCCGCGACCUCACGUAGCCCUGGUUGAGCUCUCUCGCGACCCAGUGAACGCGUUCCACGAACCGUUCUGGACUGAGUUAGGCCACGUAUUCGACAAGAUAGCUGAAGAGCCCACAAUACGUGCCGUGGUGCUGGCCUCUGCGAACUCAAAGCUGUUCUCCGCUGGUAUCGACAUAGGCUCGCUCUCCGGGACGCUUGCUAGCGAGAGUAGCCCCGACCCAUCCCGUCGCGCCUUGCAACUUCAAGGACACAUAGCCUCAUUCCAGGCUUCGAUUUCUGCUCUUGAACGCUGCCGGUAUCCCGUCAUCGUGGCGACGCAUGGCGUUGCUUAUGGUCUCUCCAUUGAUAUCAUUGCCGCUUGCGAUGUCCGCUAUGCAGCCUCUAGUACUUCUUUUGCGGUAAAGGAAGUCGACGUUGGCCUAGCCGCGGACAUCGGGACACUCGCUCGCCUUCCCAAGAUCACUGGGAACCAGUCGCUCGCUUCGGAGCUUGCAUUCACUGCGCGUCCUUUUGAUGCAUCCGAAGCGCUGACGCUCGGUCUUGUCUCCCGUGUCGUAAACGGUGGGCGGGACGAAGUAGUCAAGGCCGCUCUCGAGACUGCUACGCUCAUCGCAGAGAAAUCGCCUAUCGCGGUGCUGGGGACGAAGAAGUUAUUGCUGCACGCAAGAGAUCAUUCAGUAGCAGAGAAUUUGGACUAUACAGCGGUAUGGAAUAGCGCAAUGCUUCAGACGCAGGACAUCCCGAGCGCCGUCGUGGCGUUCCGGAAGAAGCAGAAGCCCAAGUUCGGGCCUUUGGGACCUAAGCUGUAGCUUAGUUAGACCCCUUUCGGGGUUGCAUGCUGCUUUUCCCUAUUUGUGUACUAUAGGACUUGAAGGAGGAUGCCCCUGGAAUCGGAGAUCCAGAAUGCU